GCAAAGCAAAUCAAUAGCAACGGCGAUAAUGCAAACAAACACCUCGACAAACGUUAUGUUGUAAUUGAUGAUCACAAAAGCAAGAAGUUUUGGAAACAAGGUCGUGUGUUCAUGAUGCUGUGGACGGAACCUGCGAGAUCCAAUGCGAAGCGAAGUUCUCAGCUCAGCACCGUUUGGCUUGGAGAGACUGCUUUCAGCGAGAUCCGCCGCUUCGUUGUCAUAGGAGAGGGCCAUGGAAACGUAAUCUGUUCUCCCAUCCAUAGCUACGGUGGGCAAGCGACGCUCAAAGAAAAUUUACCCGACCUCGAACAACACGCAAUAAUUCACACAAGUUCGGAAGCACCAGCUGGACGCUGCGAGUACGACGCUGCGGGAUAUAUCAUAGCUCAAGAACAACUCAGCAAAGUGCCCAUACGCGUUAUACAAGAGCUUAACCACGCAGACGGAGACCUGGGGGAUUGCUCUCGGAUCAACUAUGCUAAGAUAUACACCGUGGAGAAAUAUGUCCGGGUUUUAAAUAUUGGCAGAGUGCAUGAGAGCUCUAUGGAUGCACUGCUGGCCAGUUCUUUCUUCGCAAGGCCAAAGGAUCAACCCGUCCAAGGUCCUCGAAGGUCUGCACACAAGCCCAGAGACAAUCGCGAGAGGAAAGAGGAACCCCGCGAUGAGAGAGACAGCAACAAGCGAGGGCAGAGUUCGAGCUCCGGCGGCCAGCACCACCACAGGAGAAAAUGA